AUUGUCAGUAGUUUCUACUACUUUCAAUUGAAAAAGGAACUUAACCUUGAUAUAAAUUUUUGUAAACAUGUUUACUGUUUUCAAUGUUAGGUUACGUCGAUCAACAAGUAGCCAAAUACAUUCAAAACACAAGUCAAGGCCAUAGUAUUAAGGCGCGGAUUUGAUUAAUUAGUUACGUGGUCAGUGCGUGUGGAAUUUAUAUUGCUGUAUAGCUAGCAAAUAUCAGUAUAGUCACCCAAAACUAGGUUUUGAACCCGUACGAGAAGAAUUAUUCUUCAUUGGAAAUUUUUGGAAUUAAUAGCAUAAUGAAACGAGUGAAGAUCUUGCAGCUAAUAAAUACUGUGUCGGAGGCAUCAUGUCGGUGUCCAGCUCACUCCCACGGUGGCGUUCACAGGAUAUUGCAGCAGUCACAGUCCAACUCUGUGGCAGAUGCAAAGCCAUCAAAGGAAUAUGCUUUUGAGAUGGCUUGUUCUACGAUUCGCUACGGCCCUGGUGUUACCCGGGAGGUCGGGAUGGACUUGGCGAACAUGAAGGCGAAGAAAGUGUGCGUCAUGACGGAUGCCAACCUGCUGAAAAUGUCCCCAGUGAAGGUGACUCUCGAUUCUCUGUCGAGAAAUGGCGUCGAUUUUGACGUGUUCGACAACGUGCGAGUGGAGCCCAGUGACGAGAGCUUGCAAGCAGCUACCAAGUUUGUUAAGGAGCACAAGUUUGAUGCAUUUGUGGCGGUGGGCGGAGGUUCCGUCAUGGACACAUGCAAGGCAGCAAAUUUGUACUACUCCGAUCCCGAGGCGGAAUUCCUGGAUUACGUCAAUCCACCAAUUGGCAAGGGGAAGCCUGUCAUGUGCGAACUGAAACCGUUAAUAGCAAUUCCAACGACGUCGGGCACGGGCAGUGAAACCACCGGAGUCAGCAUAUUCGACUACAAGCCCCUGAAGGCGAAGACCGGGAUAGCGAACAGGAGCAUCCGCCCGACCCUCGGCAUCGUGGACCCCCUUCACACACUGCUGCUUCCCGAGAAGGUCACCGCGUACAGCGGGUUCGACGUGCUGUGCCACGCGCUCGAGUCCUUCACAGCCGUGCCCUACACGGAGAGAACGCCGUGCCCGUCGAACCCCAUACUGCGGCCGGCCUACCAGGGGCAGAACCCCAUCUCCGACGUGUGGGCCCGCUACGCUCUGCAGGUCAUGAGGAAGUACUUCAAAAAGGCAGUCUAUGAACCCGACAAUGUUGAAGCACGCUCCCACAUGCAUUUGGCAUCUACAAUGGCCGGUGUUGGUUUCGGCAAUGCCGGAGUUCAUUUGUGCCACGGAAUGUCGUAUCCCAUUUCUGGAAACGUGAAAAGUUUCCAGCCAGUUGGCUAUAGCGUCGACCACCCCAUCAUCCCCCACGGGCUGUCCGUGGUGAUGAGCUCCCCGGCCGUCUUCAGGUUCACGGGCGCCGCCUGCCCGGAGCGACACCUCGAAGCGGCGGAGCUGCUCGGGGCUGACGUCACCAACAAAAAGAAGUCUGACGCAGGUUUGAUACUAGCUGAUACGAUACGGGAGUACAUGUUGGCGAUGAAAGUGGAGAAUGGGCUUGCGGCUCUAGGGUACACCAAAGACGACAUUCCGGGCCUGGUGAAGGGGACCCUGCCACAGCAUCGUAUCACCAAGCUUGCUCCAAGGGAACAGUCCGAAGAAGAUCUUUUCUCACUGUUUGAAAAUUCCCUCACUGUCUACUGAUGCAGCUGACUUGGAAUUCCAGAAUCAAUUAGAUUUGUGAAGACAUGUUGCUUGCCAUUAUGUGCUCAAUAUUGAAGUGAAACUUUUUUGGGUAAAAUGAGAGUAAAAAUUUUAAGGCCAAAUUUUAAUGCAACUUUUCGUGAUACAUUGUGAAACAUUUCUGACGUGAAGGAGGACAGAGAAUAGGUACUUGGCCAAAUAGAUAUAAAGAGAGUACCUACUAUGCUAUUUACGUUGCUGAGCUCGUAUUUGUUCUCCUCUUUGUGCCAAAAAAAAAAAUAGUGUCAAGAGAGAUAGAUGAAUCAAAGGAUAAGACAGAGAGAGUGCGUAUGCACAUCUUUCAGAAAAUAGUUUUAGGUAUCCUAUACAGUCAGCUGUGAGUGCCUUGAAUUUGAUAUCUGCUACCAGCGCACUCACGUUUCUCCUUGUUCAACCAGCAGUGUAGAGAGCGCUAUUGAGACAGUCCCCACAUUUCCGAACAGAUAGCACUACCUGUUAUUAAUUCCAUAAUUCGUUCAGAGAUUUAGCAUGUUCUAAAUUUCAGAAUUAUAUUUGAAGAAGCAGUAACACACACAGUUUUUCUUUAUGGUGUGAGUAUUUCAACAGUAAGUAAAAUUUACUCUUAAUCAUUAUUGAUUAUAUUAUUAUAUACAGGAUAUUAUUGGUAUCCUGAGCAGUUAUUUUGAAGUGAGUAAUAAUUUUGUUAUGUCAUGUUUAUUUAUAAAAUUGUCUUCUUUGUCUGCCAAGGUUGAAUUGCCAAAUAAGAUUCACUUCUAAUACGUGUACUGAAUUACACAUUUUUUUAUUCCAUUUUAAUGUGUAUGUGUUGAGCUGUUAUAUGUAUAAGUGCCCAUUUUUUUUUUUUAAUGUACUUUGAACUGUUAAUUUUAAAAUUUGUUUUUAACAGUUUUUACAAACAUUUAUUUUUAUGGACAUGUUCAGUGCCUUUUUUUCCUUCAGGGAAUUCUUUUGCCAACUGAGUAUACCUUCUUGACACAAUGUUUUAAUGGUUAUGGCUUGUGACAUUUUCCAUCUACUAAUAGAAAGCAGUAAUAUUUGGAUGUUAUACAAAGUUUCUACUGGUCAUGAAAAUCUUGACAAAGUAAGGACACUAGAUCUGGCCUGAAAGUGACAAAAUUAACAUUUUUUUUUUGAGAGUCACAAAACUUUAAAUGUGGCAGCCUUUUGCUAGUUGCAUUUUUUUUUUACACCGUACUUCAAUGUGAAGUGGAAUGUUAGAAAUUAAUCUUUGGAAUCUGAUUACUUCAAUCAAGUGAAAAUUAUUUUAAAAAUGUUUUAUCUUUCUAACAUAUAAAUUGACACAUUCCUGUGAAUAGUAAGUCUAUUUUGUAGUAUUUUAAGUCUGCUUGUGUACAUUAACAUGACUGUGAUAAGAAAGCUCUAAAAACUUUUUAUUGGAAUGUCAUGAAAAGGUUUUGGAAUUAUUUUGCCUGGUAUUUUUAGACAUCCUGUUUUAGUUAUGAAAAAAAUUUAAUCAAGGUACAAUAAGGGAUUUUAAGUUUGAGCAAAUUUUGUUUUUAAAAUUUCAGAUUGUGCAAGUAUAUAGUAUUUACAUUAUGUUGUAUUUUGGGCUUAAAGCUUUGCUGACACAGAGAUUGAGGCAAGACACAAUGAGACACGCCAGGGGUAUAUAGAAUCUAUAGCAGUGAUGUCCUACAUCACUCUUCUUCCAGGGCUAGUUAUCAUUCUUCAAUCUAAUCCAAGGGCCAGACACACAUUAAUAAAUAUUACAUUUCCCAACAAUGAUUUUUUAGUGUAAUAAUUUUCUGCAAAGUAACCAAUGUAAACAAUACGUGGUAUUUAAUAAAAAAAAGUUUAUUUUGAACUUGGUAUUUUCAAAACAAAUUAAAAAAAUAUAUAUAUUUUUAAAAAUUCCUGUGAGAAUACCAUAGAUUUGUAUCAGUGUCUGCUAACAAAUUAUCCUACAUAUAGGCAAACUAAGAAGGCUAAUGCACGAGCAUACAUCUACAGUAAUAAUAUUUAAUCAAAAGAUUCUACAAAUGUGCCACAUGGAACAGUGUUGCGGGCCGCCAGUUGGCAGUGGGGUAAUACUUUUAUGCUGUCUUGCAAGAUUGAUCGAUGAGACUGGUAAAUAAUGCUUGGUAGGACAGGGAAAACAAAGGGGUAUUUUCUAGAGGAAGAGAGUGGGAACCCUGAGUGUGUCUUGGCCUCACUCCUGUCUCUGUAUUUUGCGUAGUGACAGUCACUUUAAUGUAACAUUACAAAUUUAACAUGUAUCACGCCUUGUUCGUCAUGAGAUCAAAUUGAACUGUGAGACGUGGUUCUCCUUCAUACUUUCUGGGUUUUUGCAAUUUUGCAGAACAAUAAGGAAGUGGUAAUGAAUACUUUUAAAUAUGCAAAUUAAGUGGACUGACUUACCUGCCAAUGGUUGUAAAAAACUCACUCGCAAUGUUUGCCUGUGCUGCCAUCUUGGAAUGGAUAACGAUUAUAAUUUUGAUAGCUUGAGUGUUUGAUUCAGACAUGACAAGGGUGUUGACAAGUUAUGAUUAGAGACAAGAUUUUAUGGUUUUAUUUGCAAGCCAUUUUCUAUUUUGAAAAUGGAGGAUUUCAGAUUUAUUGAUUUUAUUGGUAUAAAUUCUGUUUAUUCUUAAAGAUAAUGUAUUAGUCAAGAAAUAUGACACAAACUUAUACAUAAUUUCAUUCAAAAAAAAUAUUUUGACUGAUAUAAUGCUGUUUUACAAUAAAUUAUUUGUAAUAAUCGUAACUAACUAGGCCAUAACUUUUCGGAUUAGAAAUAAAUCACCAAAUAAUUGUUGGUUUGUUUGAAAAAUGUAGAAACAUCAGGAAUGUGAAAAUGUGUUACUUAAACAAAAAAAAAAAUUAAAUUUUUUUCAUCCAUUUAAACUUUAAAUAUAUUUUGGUUCAAACUUGAUGCUUAAUAAAUUACAUUAAUUGAAUGAAAUAUGUUACGAUAGGACAUAUUAGAUUUUUAAGUUUUUGGAAUCCUGAUUAAUUUCAAGAUAUUGGUCAAAUUUUGGUGAGUUAUGGUGUAUUGCCUUUUUUCUGUGUCAAGUGGUUAAUUGACAUGCUUUUUGUUGUUAUUUUGGUUUUAUCACAAUUCACCAUAUACGUAACCCUGUCCCUAGUCAUUCUUCAGUUCGGCACAUUGUGUAGUCUGGUGCUGAUAGAGCUGCUUGUGUUAAGAAGAUUUUUUUGGAAUUUGGGCAUUUACCUGCCGCCCAGGUUUUUAGUUUGUUGUAACUGCCAGCUUUCAUUUUAGCACAGUGUUUUUUGUUCUCUCGCCAUUUACACAUCAAUUUUAAACAAUAUUUCAACUGCUAUAGUUCAGCUGGGCCAUUGUCCGGAACAUGCCAAACUAAAGAGCUUUUACUAUAAUUGUGUUGUGCUUGUAACAUGUAACAUGUAACAUUUUUGACUUUUUCAUUGAACUAUUAUCUUAUGCUUUUCAUUACUAUUGUACACGAGAUAAAAAAAUUUCCGCAGUUGACUUACAUAUUGUAGAGCCUUGCAUUUAAACAAAUUACAGUAUGCAAGAACACUGACUUAAAGUGCUGUGUUCUAUACACACAUUUACAGCUUUUUUAUUAUUAUUAUUUUGGACACAAAAAUGUGUGAGAAUGAAUGAAUGUUUUUGUAGAGAUGUGUUGCUGAGCAAGUAUUAAUUAUAAUUGAUAUUUAGUGAAUAAAGGUUUUUAAUAAUACUAUAAUAUUUAGUCAAAUAAUAACUUUGCAAUAGUUAAGAAGCUAUUGUAUGAUUGAUUAUGACUUCUGUAAUAUGUACUAUAUGGUUACUUCAGUGUAGCAGUAUUUUUAUUUUAUCAAAAGUGUGUACCCGCAUAUGUGUGUUGUUAAAUUUAAAUGAAUUAUAUUUUUUGGAUAGUAGUUGAUGGGAAAUUGUUACUGCACAAAUUUCAAAGAAAUAUAUUUUUAUAUACUCAUUGUUACUUUACCAUGGUGUAUGAAAUAUUAGUCAUUUGACUUCAAUACAAAAUAUACAAUAAAA